AUGCUGCCUCUCAGACCUCGAAGCAAGCCUAGGGUGGUGUGGAGAGCUCCGCCGGUGGGUCUGGUCAAGAUCAACGUCGAUGGGGCUUUUCAUCACGCUUCUCGGAAGGGUGGGCUGGGUUUUGUGUUUAGGGAUGAGCAUGGGAUUAUGUUGGGCGGUGGUGCUAGUCAACUGACUGGUUUAAUAUCGCCGGAGCACGCAGAGAUUCUGGCAUGUAAAGUUGCAUUAGAAUUUGCGUUGGAGCAUGGGUUUGGUCCUACAAUAUUGGAGACUGAUGCGUUGGAGGUCCAACGACAACUCUCUUCGGAGGCGCAUGCUAACACCUCCUUGCUGGGUACGCUUUAUGAUGAUGUAAUGGCCUUGGGUGUAUCCCAGGGGUUUUUUCAUGCUAAGGAAGUGUUGAGUGUAGGACAGUCUGGUGGUUUGGGCAUGUUCUGGAAUGAUGAUGUGAAGGUGGAGGUGGGUACGACGUCACAACAUCAUAUUGAUAUUAUGGUUGAUGGAGGACCUGGAACCCCUAGGUGGAGACUUAUAGGUUUUUACGGAUUUGCUCGAACGGUGGAUAGAGACAAAUCAUGGCAGCUUUUGCGUGAUUUGAGUGAUUUGGAGACCCUUCCCUGGGUCGUUAUCGGGGAUUUUAAUGAAAUCCUAAAUAGCAGUGAGAAGAAAGAUGGUCCGAUUAGGGCAGAGAGGCAGAUGCGUGGUUUUAGAGAAGCCCUAGGGUAUGGGGAUUUGCUUGAUCUUGGUUUUCAGGGGCCUCAGGCAACUUGGUGGAAUUUUGAAACCCAGUUACGGUUGGACAGGGCUGUGUGUACACCGACCUGGUGUGAUAUUUUUGGUUUUGCACGUCUGAAGCAUCUCCCACCAAGUGAUUCCGAUCAUGUGCCAAUACUGCUACAAGCUAGUACUGUUCCUCUUCCCACACGUCCUCGUCAUCAUCGCUUCAAAUUUGAAGCACAUUGGUUGCAACAUGAAGAAUGUGAUGGCGUUGUACACCAAGCAUGGCAGACAGAUGUGUCCGGUUUGCCAAUGUAUCAAUUGUCCAAGAAGAUAGCUUAUACUAGAAUGCAUCUGGAUGCUUGGCAGAGGAAGACGUUCAAGGGUAGACAGAUGGAAAUGUUAGGGGUUCGAGCACGUUUGAAGGAGUUGCUAGAUGCAACGCUUUCUGAUGCUGUGAUUAUGGAGAAGAAGCUUUUGUCUGAACGUCUCCAAACUUUAUUAUCUCAAGAAGAAUCUUUCUGGCGACAAAGAUCGAAAGUAACUUGGUUGAAGGAAGGAGAUCGUAACACGGGUUAUUUUCACCGGAAGGCAGCAAAUAGAAAAAGGAAAAAUACUAUACAUGGUCUAUUUAAUGAGGCUGGUGAGUGGUGUGAGGAUGAUGAGGGGUUGGAGCGAGUGGUGACUUCCUACUUUUCUAAUAUGUUCAAAGCAGGGGACAUUGAUGUUGAGGCCAUGGGUGCUACAUUAGAGGGUAUUCAACCAUGUGUUUCUGAAACUAUGAAUGAACAAUUGUGUGCUCAAUAUUCUCAAGAAGAGGUUCGGUGUGCCUUGUUUCAAAUGUACCCAACUAAAUCGCCAGGGCCAGAUGGUAUGCCUCCUCUAUUCUUCCAACACUAUUGGGAGUCAAUAGGAGCUGAGGUGACUGCUGCUGUUCAGAGUUUUUUACAUUCAGGUCAGCUGUUACGACAAAUUAAUUUCACACAUAUUUGUCUUAUCCCAAAAGUGAAUGAUCCGGAGCACAUGUCAGAUUUAAGACCUAUUGCAUUAUGUAAUGUAAUCUACAAGCUUUGUUCGAAAGUCAUAGCAAACAGGUUGAAGUUGAUUUUGCCAGACUUGAUUUCUCCAUAUCAGAGUGCUUUUGUGCCUGGCAGGUUAAUUACUGAUAAUAUACUUGUCGCUAAUGAACUUGCUCAUUUUGUUCAUAACAAAAGGGAUGGUGGUGAUGGGUGUAUGGCUCUUAAACUAGACUUGAGCAAAGCCUAUGAUAGGAUGGAAUGGGUUUUUCUUAGGAAGGUGAUGGAAAGGUUUGGUUUUGAUCCGGUAUGGAUAGAGAUGGUGAUGCAGUGUGUCUGCUCUGUCAGAUACUCUUUUUUGCUGCGUGGAAAGCCUCGUGGUCUUGUUAUUCCGAGUAGAGGAUUACGGCAAGGUGAUCCUCUGUCCCCAUAUUUAUUUCUAAUUGGGGCAGAGGGUUUCUCAGCCUUAUUACAGCAAAAGCAGGAAUUGGGAUUGCUCCCUGGGAUUGAGAUUUGCAGUGAAGCCCCUCGGGUGAAUCAUUUACUUUUUGCUGAUGAUAGCAUGCUUUAUGCUGACGCUUCUCUAGAGGCCUGUUUCCAGAUACAGGAUGUUAUAGAAACAUAUGGUAGGGCAUCUGGUCAAUUGGUUAAUUUUGAUAAAAGCUCUAUUGUUUUCAGUAAAAAUGUUUCAGAAGUUAUGAAAGAUGAGGUGUCCAGCCUAUUGGGAGUUGAGGUGGUGGCUUCCCAUGCAAAAUAUUUGGGUCUUCCAACGUAUGUAGGGAGGAAGAAAACUGCUACCUUCCAGUAUAUCAAGGAGAAUUUGUCCAAGAAGGUCUCCAAUUGGCAAGGAAAAUUUUUGAGUGGUGCAGGUAGAGACAUUCUCAUCAGAGUGGUGGCACAAGCUCUUCCAACUUAUGCAAUGAGUGUCUUCCAAUUAACAAAAAAUUUCUGUGAGGAUCUUGAACAACUUUGUGCCAAGUUCUGGUGGGGGAGUACUCUUGAUAAAAGAAAAAUUCACUGGAAGACUUGGAAGGCUUUGUGCAAUCCUAAAGAGGAAGGAGGGCUAGGUUUCCGUAGUUUAUCAGAAUUUAAUUCCGCUAUGCUAGCCAAACAAGCAUGGCGUGUGAUCAGCAAUCCUCAAUCGCUGAUAGCUCGACUCUUUAAAGCUAAGUACUAUCCAGAAGGUUCUUUUUGGACAGCUUCAUCCCAUGCCUCUCCUUCUUAUUCCUGGCGAAGUAUCUUUUCCACAAGGGAUUUGUUAAGGAAAGGCACUUACUGGCAGAUAGGCGAUGGGACAUUGGUGAACAUAUGGAGGGAUUCGUGGAUUCCUGGGGUGUCGGAUUGUAAGCCUAGAGAAGGUAAUUUGGCUAUGAAUGAAGUCAAUAGGGUGAGUGACUUGAUUUGUCAUACAGGGGUUUGGGACAUUAAUCUCAUUCGAAGGGUGUUUUCGGUUGAUGAAGCUGAAGCAAUCUUAUCAAUUCCUCUAUCUUCUAGGGAGGUGCAUGACAGGGAGGUUUGGAGACUUGAAAAGAAUGGCAAGUUUUCGGUGAAGACUGCUUACCGAUACUCUUUCUCUAUUUCUUCUUCUAAGAGCCCUUUUGAGCUGCCAGUUGGGGUGAGUUUUUGGAAAAAGCUGUGGAAGGUUGUCAUCCCUAAUGCAGCCAAAGUUCAUAUAUGGCGGGUGUGUCACAAUAUCCUCCCAUCUUUGGAGAGAUUAAUCUCAAAGAGAGUUGUGUUGGAUUCCAUGACUUGUCCGUUGUGUAUGCAGGAGUUGGAAACAACACUGCAUUUGUGUCGUGACUGUCAGUUCACUAGACAAGUGCUGCAAACACAUGGGGUGUUGUCACAGGUUUGUUAUAAUCCUCAUUUUGCUCAUUUGGGUCUGUUGGAAUGGAUUAGUUCUUGUGCCAGAGACUUAUCUCUACAGUUACUUGGUGAGUUGGUAUACCUUCUUUGGGGGGUGUGGAAAGAACGAAAUAAUCGAAUUUGGGACAACAAAGUUGGUACGGCUGUUGAUGUAGUUAUCGUGUCUAUGUCAAGGCUGCAUGAAUUUCGUUUUCUGCAAGGGAAGAUUGGGAGUAGUGGAGCUGGUACUAUUAGAAUGACUCGGUGGGUUGCUCCCUCUGUGGGCUGUUUUAAAGUCAAUGUAGAUGGUUCUUUCUUUCAAGCAUCUAAAAAAGGGAGCACUGGUUUUGUUGUCAGGGAUUGGCAGGGCUCAUUUAUAGCAGGAGGAGGUAAAUCUCUUUCGGGUUUACUAUCACCUGAACAUGUGGAAGCUGUAGCCUGCAAACAGGCCAUUGAGUUUGUAGUUACAAAUCAUUAUUUGCCAGCUAUUGUGGAGACUGAUUCGCAAUUGGUGUAUCGACAAUUGCUUAGCCGAGAGGGGAGUAACUUGUCCAUCUUGGGACGUGUUUAUGAUGAUAUGGAGUACAUUUUGGAUGCUUAUGCAAACCUGCGCGUAGUUCAUACAAAGAGAAGUGCAAAUAGGGUGGCACAUCUGAUGGCUGCUCAUACUAGGACUCUCCCUGUGGAGACUUUUUAUUUUUCUUCCCCUUCUUUUUUACAAGCUGCAUUAGCAGCUGAAGUUGUGUAA